AUGUUCCGUUUGAGAUGCUUCCGGACUUUCCUGCGCAACUCUGAAGGCAUGUUUGAGAAAGUUCCGGAUACUUUAUCGUUUGAGGGUGCUGCCUCAAUUGCUUUUGUAUACUCCACCGUGCACUACUCGUUGUUCCAUGAGGCACGCUUGGAACGCGAUGAGACUAUACUGAUUCACGCUGCUUCUGGUGGUCCGGGACAGGCCGCGAUUAUCCUUUCCCAACAGAUUAGCGCUGAGAUUUUCGUUACUAUGUCUUUAGAAACCAAGAAACAGUUCUUGAUUGACACGCACGGUAUUCUGCCCGACCACAUUUUCAACAGCAGAGAACACAGCUUUGCUGCCGGAAUCAAGCGAAUGACAAAUCAAAAGGGGGGAGAUGUUGCUUUGAACUCGUUAGCUGGCGAGGUUUUGAGACAAACGUGGCUCUGCGUUGCGCCGUCUGGCCGCUUUAUCGAGCUUAGCAAGAAAGACAUUGUUGGCAAUACCAAUAUGGACAUGAGCAAGUUCAUGGACAACAUUGCUUUUAUCGGUGUUAACAUGCUUUCUAUCAAAGUGGCCUUCUGUAUCAUGCAAUCUGGAAAGCGCAUUGGCAAGAUGGUUCUCAGUACCGGCCCUGAAGACCUUGUUCCGAAGAGCAAGCCAUAUCCAUUCUCUCAGGAUGCGAUAUACAUGAUUCUAGGAGGUCUGAGUGGUUUAGGUCGUUCGAUUGCCGCUCGGACAGUGGACCAAGCUGCACGACAUGUCGUUUUUACAAGCCGCCCGGGAGCAACCACGCCGCACGCUUGCAAGCUUGUGGAUGAACUGACCAAGAAGGGAGCCAAGAUUCUAGCAUUUGCAUGUGAUAUUAGCAAUUUCUCGGAAUUCAAAGACGUGUUGAAGACUGUGAAGGACAACAAUUUCCCGCUAAUCAAGGGUGCCAUCAACUGCGCCAUGCAACUUCAGGACGUGUUAUUAAAAAAUAUGACCCUAGAGGACUACAAUGCAGCUAUCCGACCAAAGAUUUACACCACUAAGAAUUUACAUAAUCUUCUGCCGAGAGACGUGGAUUUCUUCAUCUGCCUUUCGUCAACUAGCGGUAUCGUUGGAUCUCGCGGACGAGGCAAUUACAAUGCUGGUCUACCAGCAACUAGUAUGAACCUCGGUAUUGGUGUAGGCAUCACGGCGGAACGCGGAGAGAUUCUGUCGUACCUCAAGACCGGAGCCAUGAUUGGUCUCCACGAGCAAGAAGUCUUGGCUGUCGUCCAAGCUGUCAUGUCGGGCAAAAUGCCAAUCCAAGCCGUCGUUGGCCUUGCAACUGGUGGUCACCAUCUCGAGAAGAAUGGACACGAAGGCGACUCGGGUGACUCGGGUGCUGAUUUGCAGGCCGUGCUACGAGCAGCAAGCACCUUGGCGGAGGCAGCGGAUGCCGUUUGUGUGGCUCUUGUUCGCAAGUUGGCCAAGGCCAUGAUGGUGGAGAUUGAAGAGCUUGAUCCAACACGGCCAGCGAACUCCUAUGGUGUCGACAGUUUGGUUGCUGUCGAGGUCCGUGCCUGGGUAUUUAAGGAGGUGAAGAGUGAUGUUUCAGCGUUUGAUAUUCUGAGUAAUAUGCCCUUGCAACCUUUGGCAACCAAGAUUGCUGCAAAGUCGUCCCUUUUACCCCCGACGAUCUCGGACACAGAAGAUGACGCAUAA